AACUUUACAUGCUGUCUCGUCGAUGUUAAACUUGAAGACGAAGCUUGUUGAAGUCGUUGUAAUCUUCUAUAAAAUUUCUCUUUUCACCUUUGCUUUUCCACGACUUGACACAUGCAAAAUGUCUGCUGCCGAUAGAUCCAUCCGCUCUGUCUUUGUGGGUAAUAUUCCAUAUGAGAUAACGGAAGAGAAACUGAAAGAUAUCUUCUCAGAGGUUGGCCCUGUGAUUAGCUUCCGUCUGGUCUUUGAUCGGGACACCGGCAAACCCAAGGGAUAUGGGUUCUGCGAGUACCAGGAUCAAGAGACGGCUCUCUCUGCGAUGAGGAACCUGAAUGGCUAUGAGCUCAGUGGGAGGAGUCUUCGGGUGGACAACGCUACCAGUGAGAAAAACAGGGAGGAGCUAAAGACUGCACUGCAGCAGAGUCAGCCUCCUCCUGAGUCUCCUUAUGGUGAUGCUGUAGCGCCCCAGGAAGCCCCUGAAGCAAUCUCUAGAGCUGUGGCUAGCCUUCCUCCAGAGCAGAUGUACGAGGUCAUGAAACAAAUGAAGAUUGUGAUUCAGAACAACCCAGUUGAGGCUCGUAACAUGCUCCUUCAGAACCCUCAACUUGCCUAUGCUCUGCUUCAGGCCCAGGUCGUCAUGCGCAUCGUGGACCCAAAUGUUGCCAUGACCUUGCUUCACAGACAAACAGAUGCACCCCAACCACUGUUCCCUCCUGAAUCUAAUCAAGGUCCUGGACCUCACCAAGGACCAGGUCCUCAGGGUAACCAGCAAAUGAUGGGAGGGAACCAAGGCAUGGGUAUGGGUGGACCAAGACCAGAUCAUCAGAUGGGUCCAGGUGGGCCGAGAGGAAUGAAUCCUAAUAUGGGCCCAGGAAUGAAUCAGGGGCCCAUGGGACCACGAGGGAUGGGUCCGCAAGGGAUGGGACACCAAGAUAUGGGCAGGGGUGGUAUGGGCCCACAGGAUAGGAACAUGCAGGGAGGUAUGCAGAGGGGUGGCAUGGGCCCAGGUGAAAUGAAUCGGGGCGGAAUGGGUCCUGGAGAGAUGAACCGUGGUGGCAUGGGCCAAGGAGAGAUGAAUCGGGGCGGAAUGGGCCCGGGGGAAAUGAAUCGUGGUAUGGGCCCGGGAGAAAUGAAUCGGGGUGGCAUGGGCUCGGGAGAGAUGAAUCGGGGUGGCAUGGGCCCAGGGGAAAUGAACAGGGGUGGUAUGGGCCCAGGUGAAAUGAAUAGGGGUGGCAUGGGCCCUGGAGAAAUGAACAGGGGCGGUAUGGGCCCGGGUGAAAUGAACAGGGGUGGUAUGGGCCCUGGAGAAAUGAACAGGGGCGGUAUGGGCCCUGGAGAAAUGAACAGGGGCGGUAUGGGCCCUGGAGAAAUGAACAGGGGUGGUAUGGGCCCUGGAGAAAUGAAUAGAGGCGGUAUGGGCCCAGGGGACAUGAAUCGUGGUGGAAUGGGACAAGGAGAGAUGGGCCGUGGAGACAUGGGCCAUCAAGGCAGGGGUCCAGGCGAAAUGAACCGCGGUGGCAUGGGUCCGGGUGAAAUGAACCGGGGCGGCAUGGGUCCUGGCGAUAUGAAUCGCGGCGGCAUGGGCCAACAGGAAAUGGGCAUGGGAGGUCCUAGGCCAGGGAUGGGUAUGAAUGAGGUCGGUCGAGGCGGUGGGCCGGAUAUGAACAGGGGUAUGGGUCCUGGACAGGGUCCACAAGGAAGGAUGCAUGGAGGAAUGGAGCAGGGUCGGAUGAACAUGGGUCCAGGUGGAGGAGGAGGAGGACCUGGAAUGAGCCCAAACAUGAUAAAUCAAGAAAUGCAGAUGACCCGUGGUGGUAUGGGACCAGGCCCAAGAGGUGGACCAUCAGAGGUCCAUGAUCCCCGGAGACAGGACCCCAGGGGACCAGGAGCACGAGCCGAUGGACCGGGCGGAGCAGGGGGCUUUGAGAGGGGUGAUACCCAUGGCAUGGGGGGCAUGAGGCCCGGUGGAAUGGCAGCAGGUGGUGGUGGUGGUAGUGGUGGUGGUGGUGGUGACCCACGCAUGGCCGACCCAAGAGCAGCUGAUCGCUCAACCCUCAGUGCAUCUAAUCUUUCUCAGCUUGCCCAGAAUAUCAACCUAUCCCAGACACAGCCUACUCAACAAGAUCAAGAAAAGGCUGCCCUGAUCAUGCAAGUGUUACAGCUAUCACCUGAGCAGAUCAACCUUCUUCCGGCAGAGCAGAGGGCUAGUAUCAUGGUACUCAAAGAACAGAUCUCGCGUAGCCAGGGAGGGUUGCCAUCUUAGACCAGACGAACCCACAUUCUUCAUCAUGAUGGCGUAGCCAGGAUUUCAUCUUCCUGGGGGGGGAAGCAACUCUUCAACAACAACCACUUUAU